GAUGUGUUUGAACACGGGCUAUCCGUGCAACUGUCUGACUGAUGGCAAUCCCUGUGAACCAUGCAGGAUGACGGCCAAAGACAAGGAGACCGAGGAGGCCCACCUGUCCAGCAACAUCAAUGUGCCAAAUCAAGCAGAGAGCAUAUGUGAAUCCAACCUGAACAUCCCCUCUCAUUCGGUCGGGAAGGAGCGAGGCCGAAACUGGGGAUGGAUGCUGUCUGGGAUCAUCUGUGUAAACAUUCUGAUCCUGGGCACUGCCCUGGUCAGCGGCAGCGCCUACAACAAUGUAAAGAUCAGCAGCUCUGACGUGCAGAUUUUUCUCAUCAUCCUCCUCCUCACCACAUCCAUCUGGAUGCUUUAUUAUGUCAUCUACACAGCCAGGAAAGAAGAUGCCGUUGUUUAUAAGGAUAGCCAUGCUGGACCUGUGUGGCUCAGGGCUGGACUUGUGCUAUUCGGGCUGCUCAGUAUUCUCAUGGACAUUUUCAAGAUAGCCAGCUACGUGGGCUACCUCCACUGUGACUCUGCUGUUAAGGUUGCAUUCCCUGUGGUGCAACUUGUUUUCAUAAUUGUGCAGACAUACUUUUUGUGGUUCCACGCCAAGGACUGCGUGCAGCUACAAAGGAACAUUACACGCUGUGGCUUGAUGCUCACCCUCUCCACCAAUCUCGUUUUGUGGAUGACUGCGGUCACAGAGGAGUCCGUUCACCAAACAAUCCUUCCUGAAUAUCCAGGCAACGACACUAAAGCCCAUGGAAGGAAAAUGUACACAAUGAAAGCUGGUUAUGGAGAUGAUAAGUGCAAGUGCAGCCACACUUCAUGCAGCAUCUUCAAAGAGGCAUACUUUUACUUGUACCCCUUUAACAUUGAGUACAGUCUCUUUGCCUCCGCCAUGGCCUACGUCAUGUGGAAAAACGUGGGCAGAUUUACAGAGGAACACGCACCCCACAAGCUCAAGUUCCGUAUGAAGGAUGUAUUUUUCGGCCCUGUGGCGGGAAUUCUCUUAGUGGUGGCAGGUCUGGCAACCUUCAUCGUAUACGAGAUUGAAGUGAUGAACGACGACAGCGACGAUGACCAAAAAGACCGCGCAGUGAUGAUGCACUUUGUCAUGAAUAUAGUAAUAGUGACCCUGAUGUCUGUGUCCACUGUGAUUGGCUGUGCCAUCUACAAGGUGGACCAUAGGGAGCACGUAUCCGAGAAAAACCCCACGCGCAGCCUGGAUGUGGGGCUGCUGGUGGGAGCCUCACUCGGGCAGUUCAUCAUCAGCUACUUUACCAUUGUUGCCAUGGCAGCAACUGGAGCCAAAGGCCACCUGAACAGGCUCAACCUGGCCUGGGCGGUUUUGAUGGUGAUCCAACUCGGCCUGCAGAACUUUUUUAUCAUUGAAGGUCUACAUCGGGAGCCCUUCCACGAGGUGCACCACAUGGACCCCGUGGAACCGGUCAUUGUGGUUGCAAAUCCAUACGUGCUGCAGCCAAGCAAAGAUCUAAGCAACCUCGAGGGAUCAGACAUGGAUGCAAAGUCCAGCCCAGUACUCAAAGCACACAACCAGCAUGGCCAUGCGGCCGAGCACAGGCCCAAACUGACAUGGAAGAGACGGGUGCUGAAGGAGGUCUGCGCGUUUCUGGUGAUGGGCAACAUAAUACUGUGGAUCAUGCCAGCGUUCGGUGCUCGCCCCCAGUUUGACCACGACACAGAAACUGGAUUCUACAAAUUCAACAUGUGGGCUGCGGUUGUGAAUGUUGGACUUCCUUUUGGCAUCUUUUACCGCAUGCAUUCAGUUGCCAGCCUGUUUGAGGUUUUUCUGAUGUCAUAG